GUGGGGGCGACCCGGAAGUGCCCGCCCACCCGUGCCGGUCGGUUCGGUGGACGCUGCGCGGAGAUCCAGUCUGUCCGCCGCUGCCAGGGCUCCCGCUGCCGGACCGGCCAUGGACGAUACCCUGUUCCAGCUGAAGGCUGGCGUGGCGACCCGGCCUGCUGUCCCCCAGUUCACGGCGAAGCAGCUGGAGAAGCUGGCCAGAAAGGCGGAGAAGGACUCCAAGCUGGAGCAGGCCAAGGUGCAGAAGGCCCUUCAGCAGAAGAAUGUGGAGUGUGCCCGCGUGUACGCCGAGAACGCCAUUCGCAAGAAGAAUGAAGGUGUGAACUGGCUCCGCAUGGCCUCCCGCGUGGAUGCCGUGGCCUCCAAGGUGCAGACGGCCGUGACCAUGAAGGGGGUGACCAAGAACAUGGCGCAGGUGACCAAAGCCUUGGACCGGGCCCUCAGCACCAUGGACCUGCAGAAGGUCUCUGCGGUGAUGGACAGGUUCGAGCAGCAGGUGCAGAACCUGGACGUGCACACGUCGGUGAUGGAGGACUCCAUGAGCUCGGCCACCACGCUGAGCACUCCGCAGGAGCAGGUGGACAGCCUCAUCAUGCAGAUCGCCGAGGAGAACGGCCUGGAGGUCCUGGACCAGCUCAGCCAGCUGCCCGAGGGUGCCUCUGCCGUGGGCGAGAGCUCCGUGCGCAGCCAGGAGGACCAGCUGUCUCGGAGGUUGGCCGCCCUGAGGAAUUAGAAGAGCCCAGCAGCUGCACCCCCUCCCAGCCUCAUGGGGGAAGGGCUGGGAAGGCCACCUCUGCCCCCUCCUCACUGGUCUCGCCUUACGGCAGCCCUGCUGCUCUCACCCUCUCACCUGCCAGGCCUGGGACCCUUCCUAUUCUCUGAGCAUGGGCGUGGGUCUGUGUCCCGCUGGGUGAGUUUGCACAGACUUUUGACUCCUGUGGGUAAUUUCUGUGACUCUGGGCCACCAACUGCCGGCUCCCCUCCAUCCACCUCCUGCUGAGAAAGUGACAGGGACUGGUGCCUGCCACGUGGGUGUGGGGGCCUUCAGACUCCAUGUGGUGGCAGAUGUGCUGGGAGUGGUCCUGUUGGCAGGCACCCCUGGAGGCCCCCCCGCCCCAGCUGGAACGGGUCCCCCAGCUGGACGGGCCCAGCCCGCAGUCCAGCGGCGCUCUGGGGGUCUGCGUCCUCACUGCCCUGCGUGCUCUCCUCUGGGAAGCCAGAGUCUGUGGUGAGGCCCCUCCCAGCCAAGGAGCAGGUGCUUCUCCAUCCUGGGUGGGAUGCUUUUCUCCUAUCACUGUAAAUAAUGGGGUGCCUCCCCUGACUGGCUUUUGCUGCCUUCUGGGCUCACACCAUUGACCUUGAAGCUGGAGUGGCUGGUGGGCGAGCUGCCCUUGGUGGGGCCAGCGGUGACAGUGCUUCCUACAACGUGCUGGGGUGGCCUGAGAGGAGCUUCAGACAGGCUGCACUCUUCUGUUUUCUCCAGUUCCUGAAGUUUACUUCAUUUUUCUGAAGCUUCCAGGGUGUUUUGGGGUUUUUUGCCAAAAGAGAAGGAGCAGUAGACAGGGAGUGGUCGGUGCUGACCAGAGGCCUCUGGCCAGCCGUCUGUCCUCACAGCGGUGGCUCUUGUGGACAGACAUGUGGGAGAGCUUUCCCUGUCUCGCCACGUUUGAUUCUUCCUGGACUUCGAGCCCUUGGGUGUUCUGUUCAGUAAGUUGUGCUGGGGCCACCGCACACUCUGGCCCGUGGUGUGAGGCCGGAGAGGAUGGCAUCCAGGAGCAUCUGGUUUUCUUCUGUGAUGCCGACCUCGACUUACUCCCUGGCCGUCAUCCCUUGGGCUGCCACGUGCUGGGGGGUCAUAGAAGGUCCUGAGUGUCUCCCCAGGGGGUGCAGGGCUCCACCCAGAGGCCGGCUGGGGGCAGAGGCCACGCCUCAUCAAAGGGCAGCGGGCGAAGUUUGCCUUUUCUGAAAUGCUGUUGUAAGUAAAGAGAUUGAUCCCUGAGAACUGUCUCCAUCUUUGCUUCAGUGGCCUGGGGCGGGGUGGGGGCCUUAGGUGGGACCCUCCGUGUGCUGUCCAGCCCCCCAGCGGGAGGCCGAUGGGGUCCUGAAGAGGGCAGAUGGGGAGUGAGAUUUCCAGGCCCUGCUCAGUCAGGCCGAAUCAGAUCCA